AAAAAAGGUAUAUAAAGCCUUUGGUGUUAGAGCCAACAGCAUUCAGGUGAUAAGCUGUGUAGAUAACAACAAUGCGGGGGCUCCUGAUCUUAUCGUUGGCAGUAACAGCUGUCUUAGCUGCUGAUCUGCCAUCUCCAACUGCUGUCCCCAUUAGUCGCGCCACGGCUACAGCAUCUGUCUAUAACCCUGGCCGUUAUUACGCUACCAGAGCCCCUUACGCUACCAGAGCUCCAAACCCGGGAAGUUAUAACCCGGGCCGCUACGACCCUGGUCGCUACGACCCUGGCCGUUACGACCCUGGCCGCUACAACCCUGGACAAUAUGACAGUAGCGGUCGCUACGUACCUGAUGGCUCCGGUGCUUACGACGGUGACCGCGGAGACCGCGGGGGCGCUGGCGGUUUCUACACCGGAUCAUCAGACAAAGGCGGUCCGGGCGGAGCUUACGUUGGCAACAAGGACCAAGGUAGCCGAGGCGGUGCCGGAGGCCAAUACGUUCCCGACAAGAAUCCUGUUUUCAGUUCUGGUGGCGCAGUAGAAGAAAAGAAACCCGCAGUUGAAGAAAAACCCGUUGUCCCAGCUGAAGUAGAAGAAAAGGAACCUAUUGUUGAAGUGAAGCCCGUGGAAGAAAAAACUGCUGUUGUUGAACCAGUCAAAGAAGAAGAAAAGCUCCCAGAAGUCGAAAAGGUCCCAGAAGAGGAAAAGGCCCCAGAAGUAGAAAAGGUCCCAGAAACCGAAAAGGUCCCCGAAGUCGAAAAGGUCCCAGAAGUCGAAAAGGUGCCUGAAGUCGUAAAGGUGGAAGAAAUUGAAAAGGUCGCAGAAGUCGUCGUUGUUAGGCCUGUCGCACCUGUCACCAUCAAGCCUGUAUUUAUUAGCAACACGCCUCUAUACGUCAAACCCACACCAACGUAUGUGCAGUAUCCAGCAAUUCCCAAAGUGCCUGGUAACUACGAAUACAAUUACGGCAUCGUUCGUCAAGAGACCGAAGUCCUUCCUGAUGGAUACCACUAUUUGUAUGAGACCGAGAACAAAAUCCUCGCUGAGGAGGCUGGUAAAAUCGAGAAAAUCGACAACGAAAGAGAAGGUCUCCGUGUCAGAGGUUUCUACGAAUACGUCGGACUCGAUGGUGUCACUUACAGGGUAGACUAUACUGCUGAUGAGAAUGGUUACGUGGCGAGCGGUGCUCACUUGCCUUAGAAGAUUACUUGCCUAGUUAGUUAGUCUUUUGUUGACUAUUUGUUAUUUGUUAUCGUUAUUGUAAUACAACAUAUUAGUUUUAAGUAUUUUGUUAUAUCCGACAUUGUU